AAUGAUGGUGUAGUUACUCAAUAAACUCCAUGAAUAUUCGUGAAAACCCAUACUGUAUUGGACUAUUGCUCCCGCAUCACACCAUAAUUUUUUUAGUUUCCUCCCUUUAAUGUCUAAUCAAAUUGACUAAAUAAACAUUCAAUAUAGAUUUUUUUUUUAAAUAAAAACUAUAAUGAAUACAAGCAUAAUCAAACUACAAGCAAAAACUCGAACAUCGUCCGGGCCAAAAACUACCCAUACUGCUCAUUCUUCUGAAAAAAAAAUAAAAUUAAUUGUUAACCCAGUCCACAUUCAACAAAAAUCAAGCCCAGCCCAAAUAGCCUUUUGUUUGAGGGAAGCCCAAAAAACUCAAAAGACUCUUUUUGCCGACCUUUUAUUGGAGUACGAGUUGAGCUACCUCGGGUUCCACAACCAUUCCACGUGUAAAAACCCCCUACCCCACAACCUGAACCUCUGAGAAUCAUCUAGACCAACCAUCACUCCCACCUCUAACUCCACUCGCGUUUUUCACCUCUAAAUAAUCUAAUCAAAUCAAAAUAAAUUAAACUCCUAAUUUAAAAUUAAUAAAUAAACCUUUCGUACUCCCAGAAAAACCUUUCAAAUUCCCAAUUUAAUUUAACCUUUUUUUUAAAAAAUAAUUUUUACUCUGCUUUCAUUCAUGCCCUCUUCUUCUUCCUCUUCAACUCUGACUCAACGACAACAAAAACGACGCUUUAAAUUCAAAAAAAUCAACGCUUUCAUCAUCUUCAUUUUCUCUCUCCUCUCCCGCCUCUCCAAUUCUCUUAAACUUUCUCUCUCCUCCGCCAUGGAUGACGUCUUCGAUCCCGACGAGCUUCUCGCCGUCGACGAUACAGCCGCCAAUAACAACGCCUCCGAUGAUGACGCCAACGGCGGCGAUGACGGUGAUUUUCUCUACUCCCACGCUCGUCGCCGCCGUCGAAUUCAAUCUUCUCCUCCGUCGUCGGCGUCGUCUUUGUCUCUCGCUCUUCGCCAUGAUCGUCUCUUCCUCGUCUCUUACAAGUGGUGGAAGGAUGCGAGUGAGGAGUGUUUGAGUGUAAUUAAAGGUGUUCGUUAUACGGCGGCGGCAACUGAUGAUGAUGAGGAGAAGAGGGAGAGUGAUUUUGAUGAUGAGAUUGUUUUGAAUUUACACAGAGAAGUGAAUGAUAUCGGCAAUGGCGAUGAUAAGUGCGAGGGUUUCUCUGGUCGGGAGUAUGCUUUAAUUACCGAAAGCAUGUGGUUUAAGGCGCUUAAAUGGCAUAGUGAUUAUUGCACAAGAAUUAAGGAUAUGGGAUGUUCUUUGGCUGCAGAAGAUGAUGAGCAGGAUGUUUUCACUAUUCAGAUUAGGUUGUCUGUAAUGCAGAAGAAUGAUUCUCUUGUGGUGAGGAUAUCUCUGAUGGAUAAUCCGGUCCAGCUGUACAGACAAGCUUAUGAGAUUUUUGAUGUGCAGUCGUAUAUGGUUUGUAUUUGGGACUUUUCUGGGCAAAUGACCAAUUUUUUUGAGAGAGAUGGUAAAAUAUUUCCUUAUGGCGGUCCAGGCCAGGCCGCGGAAGAGGCUCUUCUUGAAUUACAAGUUUUUGGAUUGCCAAGUUUUGCCAAGGAUGCAGAAGUAAAAAUAACUGAGUUUUCCAUGCAAGAAAGGUCCAGCAGUGGAGGCUCUUGCAGUAGCUGGCCGAGUAAGAUGAAUGGAACCGUUGAUAAUCAGAGUUCUUCUUCACCACUUCUCAGUUUGCAAUCACGCACUCAAGGACAUGGAGAAACUGGUGUGCUGGGUUUGACCGGACUCCUAAAUCUUGGCAAUACCUGCUUCAUGAACAGUGCAAUUCAGUGCUUAGCUCACACUCCUAAAUUUCUUGAUUAUUUCCUUGGAGAUUUUAAGAAAGAUAUAAACUACGAAAAUCCUCUAGGGAUGAAUGGUGAACUUGCUUUGUCUUUUGGGGAUUUGUUAAGAAAGUUGUGGGCUCCAGGUGGUAUGCCUGUUGCUCCAAGAUUAUUUAAGUCAACUUUAGAGAACUUCGCUCCUCAAUUUUGUGGCUAUAACCAACAUGAUUCCCAGGAGUUUCUGGCUUUUCUGUUGGACGGGCUCCAUGAAGACUUGAAUCGUGUGAAACACAAGCCAUAUAUACAGCUUGGUGAUACUGAGGGUCGUCCUGUUGAUAAAGUGGCAGAUGAACAUUGGCAGAUUCACCUAGCUCGUAAUGACUCUAUAAUAGUUGAUCUGUACCAUGGUCAAUUUCGAUCUAAGCUGGUUUGUCCUAUCUGCAAAAGGGUCUCAGUCACUUUUGAUCCGUUUAUGUACCUGUCGCUUCCUUUGCCUUCAACAACUAUGCGAACAAUGACUGUUACUCUUUUGAGCACUGAUGGAAGUGUGCUUCCAUCAUCGCUUACUGUAACGGUACCCAAGUAUGGAAGGUGCAAGGAUCUUAUUCAAGCCCUCAGCACAGCCGUUUCAUUGCAAGAUGAUGAGACUCUCUUUGUGGCUGAGGUUUACAGUCACUGCAUCAUCCGAUCCCUGGAAAAUCCAUCCGAUUCAUUGGCAUUGAUUAGGGAUGAAGAUUGUCUUGUAGCGUACCGUUUACCAAAAGAGAGUGAGAGUGGCUAUUUGGUGGUUUUUAUGCAUCAGAGGUGUGAAAGGCAAUUUGGCUUUCGAAUCGGAAGACCUCAUUGGAGUCUGUUUGGCACCCCUUUGGUGGCAAGAAUUCCUAGUAUAUCAGAUGGAACUCAGAUUCAUGAUGCUUACAUAAAACUGCUUCAGCCUUUAUUGAAUAUGGAUGAAGAUGAUUAUGAUGAUAUUGAAAAUUCAGAUGACGAGUUUACCAAGAUGGGGUCAGGGAGUUUGUCAAAUUCAGACAAUUCGUGGAGCUCGGAUGAUGAAAUGGGAUCUGACUUCUAUGUGCCCUCUGACUUUCAAUUUCACAUUUCAGAUGAACGAGGUAUAUUAAGGGGUCAGAGGUUAAAAUUGGGCAAACCUCUGGAUGUUCCUGUUAAAACUACAACAGUGAAUGUGCUUGUUAGCUGGUCUAAAAAAAUGUUAAGGCGGUAUGAUACCUCUCAUCUCAGCUCGUUGCCGGAGGUCUUCAUACCUAUAUUUCCUGAUGUGAAACCUCAAGAAUCAGUUUCCUUGUAUAAAUGCAUGGAAGGCUUCUUGAAGGAGGAGCCAUUAGGCCCUGAAGACAUGUGGUAUUGUCCUAGCUGCAAGCAGCAUUGCCAAGCAAGCAAGAAAUUAGAUCUUUGGAGAUUACCUGAAAUUUUAGUAGUCCAUCUGAAAAGAUUUUCCUACAGCCGGUUUUUGAAGAACAAGCUUGAAGCAUAUGUUGAUUUUCCCUUAGACAAGCUUGAUUUGACAGGUUUCCUUGCCCAUGAUAGUGGUCCAAGCUUGAAUUGCUAUAGGUUGUAUGCCAUCAGUAACCACUACGGCUGCAUGGGUGGUGGUCACUAUACAGCUCUGGUUUAUCAUGGUAAUAGGUGGUAUGAAUUCAACGACAAAUCUGUUGAACCAGUUAGAGAGGAGGACAUAAAAACAUCCGCUGCUUAUGUUCUUUUCUAUCGCAGAAUCUCUGAUUAAGCUUGUUGGUAUUGUUUUUUGGUUCAGUAUAGAAUGAUGGGAAACCUAGGAUUAGAAUCAGCACACAUUCUUUUGUGAAGCUUCAGAGAUCACAAGAUUCACAAUCAAGCAAUUGUAGAGAGGAGCCGGUACACUGAUUUAUUUAUCAACCAAUUUUCUAUAUUUUGUUUCCUUAGUUAAUUAGAUGUAUAUAUUUAUUUUCUUAGGAAUAUGUAAUGCUUGGUGCUGCUGGCUCCUGUCACAAAUUUUUCUGAAAAACAUUGGGCAUAUAAUGUGCAUAAACUUUAGUUAUUUCAGUCCUUUAUCAAGUGGUUGGACAACCACUUUCAUCUAUUUUACUACGUAUUUAACUUGUAAAUUUACUCUGUUUGAUUUUGAA